AAGCAUGCCGGGUUUGGCCGAUCGGCGACGAAGACGAGGAACGCCAGUUCGCGUCUGACACUCGUCGCGAUCGCGCGAUGCGUUUCAACCGGUGCGUCAAUUACUUCGUGUGUCUACCGAUUGUUCCUUAAAAAAAAAACGAGAGAAAAAAAGAGCAUCGUUUAUGGUGAUGUGUUCCUGACAAAACGUAUACACGAUACGUGUUCCCUUUUGAACACUAUUUAUUUUUUUACACGUUCUUUUUUACGGUCUUAUCGAAACAAUAAACUCGAGUCGAUUAUUUUGUAACCGCGAGAAAAACGUCGAGGAGGAACCAAAGAGAAAGUUUUUUAUCGUACGAUUUAAGGGAUGAUCGUGGUGUAUCGUCGAGGAGAUACCACGUGGAUCGCCCAACCUGACAUGGAACUUGUUCGCACGGAACAUGAAGUGAAAGCGUGUACGGAUCGAUCCUUUCUAUCGUCGUGAAUUGGUGAAAAGAAAAAAAGGAGGGAAGAGGAUUGUUUUGGGCCGACGGUCCUUGGGGACCUAAUGGCACCCGACCUUGAGAAAAGACGGCAGGAACUUAGGAGGACCAGCUACGGUAGCUUGGCGGAACCGGGACACGAGCAUUUUCAAAUGCUUCUGCAACUUCGAUGCACCGGAAACGCGCUGACCGAUGAGCCAUAUCGACACGGUAACAAUGCUGGAGAAAGGUUGCCAACGGUAACAGGUUCGGUUCAAAGGAGCACCGUCACGUCGGCAAAUCGCGCGCACUCCGCAUCACGAAGGAUCAGCCAUCAGCAACGUCAGCAGCAACCACCUCAACAGCAGCAGCAGCAGCAGCAGCAGCAGCAACAACAGCAGCAGCAACAGUCUCAACAACAAUCGGCGCAACAGGCGAGGAUACCAGUAGGAUCCUUAAGGAACUCGGAUGAGCACGGAUCGAGAGCCAGCUCGGCACAGGACGUUUGCGAUAAUUCCAACGAUUCCGGGCUCGGCUUCGAGGACCGUCAGCAACAUCUCACGAACGCAACCGCUUGGAACGGCGCCGGCGAGGAGGACUCGAAGAGAAGGAAGAUGGACAUCAAGCUCGAGUCCGAGGAUGCGAAUUUUGCCUUCCCCGAGGUGACGCAUUCCGCGAGCUCUGAUAGCAAAACGGCCAAUAGAAACAGUUCGAACGGGAUAGCUGUGCUGGCCACGAUCUCUGGGAACAGGACGGGGAACGGAAGCUCGGGAAGGGUUGUCGAGGUGUCCAGAUCUCGUCCAGGCUUGGGUGUCCUCGCGAAGAGGUCAUCGGCCCCCCAUCAAGGCCCAGUCACCCUCACCUCUCAACUGUGCAGUGCUUCCUCAGAUGGAAAGGUGCAAUUGCAAAUAAUCUGCCAGCCGGAGCAGCAGCACAGGGCCCGUUACCAAACCGAAGGAUCCCGAGGAGCAGUGAAGGAUCGUACCGGAAACGGGUUCCCGAUCGUUCGUCUGGUCGGUUACGACAAACCGACCACGCUUCAAGUCUUCAUCGGCACGGACCUCGGCCGUGUCGCGCCCCAUAUGUUCUACCAAGCCUGCCGCGUCAGCGGCAAGAACUCAACCCCGUGUAUCGAGCGUAAAAUCGACGGUACCAUCGUGAUCGAGGUGGACAUGGAUCCAGCGAAAGACAUGAUGGUCACCUGCGACUGUGUCGGUAUACUGAAGGAGCGCAAUGUCGACGUGGAGCACAGAUUUCCACAGGAAGCCGGUGUACUUCAGGGACGCAGUAAAAAGAAGUCGACUCGUUGUCGCAUGGUUUUUCGCACGACGAUCGCUCGUCCCGAUGGUAACACGGAAACUCUUCAAGUCUGUUCUCAACCGAUAGUCUGUACUCAACCACCGGGUAUACCGGAGAUCUGCAAAAAGUCCCUCACCUCCUGUCCAUGCACCGGUGGAUUAGAAUUGUUUAUACUUGGGAAGAACUUUCUUAAAGAUACUCGUGUAGUGUUUCAAUUAGACAACGACGAUUUGUCGAGUAGCUUAGAACCGCACUGGGAGUGCGCCGUCUUACCCGACAAAGAGUUCCUGCAACAGACGCAUCUGGUAUGCGUGGUGCCUGCAUACAGGCGGCAAGAUCUUGCGCCCUCGGAAUCUGUUAGCGUGAAAUUGUACGCGGUGUCGUCCGGGAAAACGAGCGAGCCUCAUACGUUCCUUUACACCGCCGCGUCCGCAGCUCCGGAGCCAUCGGUGGGCAAGAUCGAGCCCAUCACGCCGCCAUUGUCAACCUCGAACGGCGAUUCCGCGUUAGCAACGUCCCCAGCAGCAGCCGUGUCUUUAACCACGGGUGUAUCAUCGAACACUCUGAUCACACAAGCAGCCGCGGGAACGCCGAAUUUCUUGACAACGAUACAGUCACAACAAUCAUCCUCCCAAACGACGGAAACUCUUAAAAGCGAUCCAAGCCCGCCACCAGUAACGGCAUCGUCUCAGGUAACUCCAGUUCUGAUGUGGGCUGCUCAAAGUCCAAAUUGCCAAAAUUCCCCGCCUGACGUGAUGAUGCCGCCGCCAGCCAUGGUAGCGAAUCCCCUUCUAAAUCGCAGAUCGUCUUCUAAUCUUCAAUUAAUCCUGCCGGAUAAUUUGAAGACCGAGGUGCUAGACGAGAAUAGCGAGAACAGUAUGAUUAGCGAGAACAGCAUGCAAAGCAUACCAACGCCGACCGCGAACGGUUCGACGGGGACGAGCCCGUUGCAGCAGCUCGUGAACGAGAAUUCCAGGGAAACGCCGCAAACGAAUAUGAUCAGAUCGGUACCGGUUGCGGCGAACAAUUCCCCGGUACAGGAAGCGGUCAAUCUACUCGGUGUGGUCGAUUUGAUGCGGAACCAACAUCCGUUGUCGAUGGUGUCCACCCACCAGAACAGCUACGGAGGUAUGCACGAAUCGUCUCAAGUCAAAGUUCUAAGUCCUCAUCAUAUCAACAAAGAAACUAACCCGAUGUUACCGGCAGAAGGCAGUCCUAACGGAACUCUACAGGGUGGCGGCGGUGUUGUUGAUCUCCGAAUGAAACAUCAUCAGUCAGAGUUCGGGAAUUUGUCGAACUUCACCGGUACGUCGAACGGACAGCUACCCGCCCAGAGUGGCCAUAGCGUAGAGAAAUAUCUGAAUCAUAUCGAGUCUAACGGAAAGGAGGCUGAGAGUCAGGAGAACGGCUUCGUAGGUAGUAUACAGCAACGAGCUUCCAUAAUCGCUACUGGACGACAACCUCAGCAGGGACAAGCUUCCAACAUUUUAGCCUCUCCGAAUCAAGGUGUGAAGCUGGAUACUCUCGUCAAUUCAGGCGCGGAAUCUCAUCAAUUAGUGUCACCGCUUCGCACCGUCAAUCCCAACAGCAGCACCAUGAUGAGCCACGUGUCCGCGGUGACCGAUCACGAGACGAUCCCGAGCCCUCAACAGAGCAGAAACAGUCCACCGAUUCCCGUCAAGACGAUGCUCCUCGAAGCUUUGAUGCCGGCUCAAAGCGUACCGCCUUUGAUUGGGAACGGCGGGACCACCGUCUCGUCUCCUGCCUCGGUUGUCCAGGAGCCGACCAACGGCGACAGUCUGCUCACAACUAUCAACGCUGCCCUCUUGCCAGCGAUGCAAGAGCCAGUCGUUACUACGAGCGGUACGUCGAAUUCUAGCGUUACUGUACCAUCCCAUAAUCAGAUGCAAGUUACGAACGAGACUAUGUCGAUAGCGGCGGAACAUAUUCCGCAGAUUCAGGGUCUUAUUCAGCAAGAAGUUGUGGCGAUGCAACAGGCGCAGCAAGUUGAACAGGUUGUCGCGCAGGCACAGCAGCAGGUGGAGCAAGUCGUCGCUCAGGCGCAGCAGCAAGCGGUCCAGGCUGUACAACAGGCGCAGCAACAGGUUGUCCAGCACGUGGUGCAGCACGCGCAAGUUGUCCAGCAGGCUGUACAACAAGUACAAGCGGCGCAACAGGUUCGGGCUGUGCCGGCUGUUCAGCACGCGAUGCAACAGGCUACGCAGGAAGUGGUCCAGCAGGCGGUGCAGCAAGCGACUCAGGAAGUGGUGCAGCAGGUGCAAGCGGUUCAGCAAGCGGUGCAGCAGGCGCAAGCGGCUCAGGCGAUGCAACAGGCGGUGCAGCAAGAUAUAGGUUCGAUGUUGAAUCAACCAGCGGGUUUCGUUGCCGAGGCUAGUUCUGCUCUGGCGAGCGGUGCGGCUCAGGAACCGUCGCAGCAGAGACUGACCACUGCUGCGGAACAGGCGAUCAACAACGUGAUCACUAACGCAACACAAGAUAUAAUUAACAAUCGGCCCAUCACCACGACCACUGCGCAUGCCAUCAUUGCGACGAAAAAUAUAUUAAACAGCGUCGCCACUCAAAGCGCCCAGCUGAUGAACAGCGCUAUGGAGGGAAUCUUACCGAAAUCUCCGCCCGGUCAAAAUAAUAUCGUCGAACAGGUUGCGAGCAAAUCACCGCCUGUUGCCUUACCCGUCACCCCCAACAGACAGAAUGUAAACCCACCUAUUACAAAUACGGCUAACAAUACAACUGGAACGACGGUUCGAAAGCAAGAAGAUGGUAUGUUACCUCAAGAGCUUACAUCGAUGUCAGAACAUGAUCUGUUGAGCUACAUAAAUCCAAGCUGUUUCGAUUCUCAGAAUAACUUUCUUAUGUAGUACUGCCGUAUUCUUGUCAUUAUAAUACGUGUACAAUUGUAUCCGAUCUAUUCGGAUACAAAGGACGAAAGAGAGCGUGACUGAUUGAGUGAGAGAGAGAGAGAGAAUGAAAAAAAAAAAAACAAAGUAAUUAAUUCCAAUCAAUUGUGUAUAAGAAAGUAUAUUCUUGGCUCAGUACGAGUUAUAUAUAUUUGUGCCACAUUGUCGUUUCAGACUUUGUAUGUGAUAGAAAUGAAAUCCGUUUUUAUAUAAUGAAAAUGGACGAAGUUUGCACCACCUUUGUAAUAAUUGAAAAACUAUUAACUAUCGUGUUAAGUAAGACGGGCGCACGAGAGCGCGACAAUUAGGGUUUUUCUUUAACCUUCCUUUUUCUACGAGUUGUCAAAUGUGAUAGUUAAUUUUUAUUUAUCUCCAUCACGUCUCUUGCGCAUCCAGGUGCCUUUUCUCUAUUUGUAAAGUUAACCGGAGAUUGGUAUUUCUCUCUUGGAAGAAAAGAAGCAUCGUGAAUACGAUACGCGUGUGUGUAUAUGUAAUUUGUAAUAAUCGACAAUGUACUGACCCCACUCAACUCUAAGCGGAGCCACGGGAAUUGAGUGUUAGUAAAAAGUUACAUUCUCACGGUACCUUAAAAAAGUAGCGAAUCUACGAAUCAUUAAUACAUUUAGUGCAUCCUUCUUGACUUGAUUUCAUUCUAACAAAUGAAUCAUCUUGUUGUUUGACGUGGUUUCUAUUAUUAUGUUUCUAAGUAUAAUAUAUUUCGUAUGUUGUUUAAUAAUUAAAAAAUUUUUUUUUUUGUUGAUAAUUAAUACCAAUUAAUAGAAGAUUAUGUGAUUGCGUUGAUGCUGUUAUUAUAACUACUAGACAAAUACAGAACGACAGAGAGAUUAUAUUAUAUAUGUCAGUACGAAAAAUAAUAUAGAAAAUAUAUCAUUGAGAUUUAUAUAUAAUACGAAUAUAUAUAUAUAGAGAGAGAUAAAUAGAUAUAUGUGCAUAUAAGUAUAUAUAUGUAUAUCUAUAUAUUUUUUACGUUUACCCAAAGAGAGAAGCAGAUGAUCAGAUAAAGUGAGCUUAUUAAAGAUAUAAACAAAGUCUAUAUUAUAUAUUGUAACGUCAUGUUAUAUCGGGGUUUUCCUCCCCUUUGUUCAACGUAAGGGGUGCUAUGUACCACGUGUACGAAUACUCGCCAACAUUAUCUAGUAGAAAAACAGAUUUUAUAAUGAAACUAUUGAAACGUUUAAUGUCGUGAUAUGUCUUUGUAGGAAAGUAUAUAUUUUAUAUCGACCAUCUAUUUCACGUGUCGCGUGUUUCAAAGGGCCGUUAAAACAGAAGAAGGAGGAGGAGAAAAAGAGCACGAGUGCUGCAUUAAUUACAUAAACAGAUCAUUAUAAUAUGUGGCAUGUACUUCGUAAAGUUGUUUGUAACAAUUACUCUUCACUGUACGCACAUUUGUAGCAUCGUCAGCCUAACCACUGAGAAACAAAAUUCAAUGAACAAUGUAUUAUCAUUUUGCUCCUGUAAAUCGAAUAAAUGUUUCACAGCAUC